CUGGGAGGCAGUGUUGGCUUUGGUGGCUCAAGUCCGGGUCCAAGGCCAGCAUGUCAAUGAAGAGGAUUGUGCGUGUGUCCCUGGAGCAUCCCACCAGCGCCGUGUGUGUGGCUGGCGUGGAGACCCUCGUGGACAUUUAUGGGUCAGUACCUGAGGGCACAGAGAUGUUCGAGGUCUACGGGACCCCCGGUGUGGACGUCUACAUCUCUCCUAGUGUGGAGAGGGGCCGGGAGCGUGCAGACGCCAGACGGUGGCACGUUGAUACGGGGUUGGAGAUCAUCGUGGUCAUGAACUCGCCCAGCAAUGACCUCAAUGACAGCCAUGUUCAGAUUUCCUACCACUCCAGUCACGAACCCCUUCCCCUGGCCUAUGCGGUGCUCUACCUCACCUGUGUUGACAUCGCUCUGGAUUGUGACCUGAACUGUGAGGGCAGACAGAACAGGAGCUUCGUGGACAAGCGGCAGUGGGUCUGGGGGCCCAGUGGCUAUGGAGCCAUCUUGCUGGUGAACUGUGACAAGGACGAUGAGAACUGUUACGACCAGGACAACUGUGACCAGCACGUGCACUGCCUGCAAGACCUGGAAGACAUGUCAAUCAUGGUCCUGCGGACCCAAGGCCCCGCCGCCCUCUUCAACGACCACAGACUUAUCCUCCACACCUCCAGCUAUGAUGCCAAGUGGGCCCGGGUCUUCCACACCUGCGGUCCCGAGGACUCGUGCGAGGCCUACAGGCACGUGCUGGGCCAGAACAAGGUGUCGUACGAGGUGCCCCACUUCCACGGUGACGAGGAGCACUUCUUCGUGGAGGGGCUCUCCUUCCCUGAUGCCAGCUUCACGGGGCUCGUGUCCUUCCACGUCACCCUGCUGGACGACUCCAACGAGGAUUUCUCCGAGUCCCCGAUCUUCACUGACACCGUGGUGUUCCGUGUGGCGCCCUGGAUUAUGACGCCCAGCACCCUGCCGCCCCUGGAGGUAUACGUGUGCCGCGUGGGGAACAACACGUGUUUUGUGGACGCCGUGGCGGAGCUGGCCAGGAAGGCUGGCUGCAAGCUGACCAUCUGCCCGCAGAACGAGAACCGCAAUGACCGCUGGAUCCAGGACGAGAUGGAACUGGGCUAUGUUCAGGCGCCACACAAGACCUUCCCAGUGGUCUUUGACUCCCCCAGGAAUGGAGAACUACAGGACUUCCCUUACAAAAGGAUCCUGGGUCCAGAUUUCGGCUAUGUGACACGAGAACCACAAGACAGCUCUGUGAGUGGCCUGGACUCCUUCGGGAACCUGGAGGUCAGCCCCCCAGUGGUGGCCAAUGGGAAAGAGUACCCCCUGGGGCGGAUCCUCAUCGGGGGCAACCUGCCUGGGUCCAGUGGCCGCCGGGUCACGCAGGUGGUGAGGGACUUCCUCCACGCGCAGAGGGUGCAGCCCCCAGUGGAGCUCUUUGUGGACUGGUUGGCCGUGGGCCACGUGGAUGAGUUUCUGAGCUUUGUCCCUGCCCCCGACGGGAAGGGCUUCCGGAUGCUCCUGGCCAGUCCUGGCGCCUGCUUCAAGCUCUUCCAGGAGAAGCAGAAGUGGGGCCACGGCAGGGCCCUCCUGUUCAAAGGGGUUGUCGGUGACAAGCAGAUCAACACCGUCUCCAUCAACCAGGUCCUCUCCAAUGCAAACCUCAUCAGCUACAACAAGUUUGUGCAGAGCUGCAUCGACUGGAACCGGGAGGUACUCAAGCGGGAGCUGGGCCUGACCGAGCAGGACAUCAUCGACAUCCCUCAGCUCUUCAAGAUUGAGAGGAGAAAGGCAGUGGCCUUCUUCCCUGACUUGGUGAACAUGUUGGUGCUGGGGAAGCACCUGGGCAUCCCCAAGCCCUUCGGGCCCAUCAUCAACGGCCGCUGCUGCCUGGAGGAGAAGGUGCGGUCCCUGCUGGAGCCUUUGGGCCUCCACUGCACCUUCAUCGACGACUUCACCCCGUACCACAUGCUGCACGGGGAGGUGCACUGCGGCACCAACGUGCGCCGGCAGCCCUUCUCCUUCAAGUGGUGGAACAUGGUGCCCUGAGCCCAUCCCCCCCGCCCAUUGUCGUCUCCCCCUGGGGUGGGACAUCGGGGGGCCCUGAACAAUAAGCGUCAAGAGACCCCAAGGUUCCAGAUAGCACGCCGAGGGUGACUGUCUCUCUCGGAAGCCUUUUCCCUAGAAGUGUUGCAACCCAUUUGGUUUUCAGGCUUGAUUCUUGUUGGCCUCUCAAGAAGAAAGUCCUCAUUUCUUGAAAGCCUCUCAUGUGGAUCAACAAGACCCAUGGGGACUCCUCCAAACUUACCCCUUCUCACCCCCAAAUCCUCUGUUUGAGAUCUCAUGCACUUUGGGGUCUAGAAACAUCCAUGCAUCUCAUCUGCCAUCUUGGCCUGCGUGUCCUAAUGGAGGAAGGACCCACACUUCUGCUUUGGUGUGAUUGCCUCUCACCCUGCAGGGAGCAGCCCUAACGUUAGAUCCCUCCACGCAGGAGAGAGUCUACCCAUAGCUUCCCCCAGAGGGAAGGAGGUGGGGCCCAUUUGGAUCAAGGUGGGACCAUCCGUCUACCUGCCAAGCUUCUGACCAGACGUUGAACUCCACACCCCACGCAGUGCCCGGCAUGAGCUUUCACAUAGUUGGUCCUUUCCAGAUGUGUCUUGAAGAAAUGAAUGUUGGCCCUUAGCCUUAUCAUUGCCCCAUCAUCUGAAUCCAGAAAUCUGGCUUUGUGCAAAAACCUCCUGGAAUUUCUUGGAGGUGAUAGUAUGAGUUGGCGGCACUUGGCUGGCUCAGUCGGUGGAGUGUGCCGGGGUUGUGGGUUUGAGCCCCACAUAGGGUGUAAAGAUUACUUAGAAAUAAAUUUUAAAAGAGAAAGUGUGUUGGGAAUUCCCGGAGAUGGGGAAGCCUGCACGUGCAAGGGUGAGAGAUGUCCUCCACGAUGCAUAGGCUGCUUCCUUGGCCCUGCACCUUGUUCUGCAGGAGGGGAGACCUCUGGUAGAAUAGGUCCUAGGCUUUCUGUUGCCCUCUGGUCAACGUUUCCAUGUCCUGCUGUGCCUCAGGAGAGGGAGCCCAAAGGGGCAGAUCCACCAACAUAGCUCACAGCGGGACACUCUGGGAAUGCACGGCUCUGAGUGCGAGGGGAGGGGCGAGGGGUGGGAGGUUUUCUCCAGAUGUGUGCCAGUUACACGUGUGUCCCAUAUGGGCCCAGCUGGGUUUCUACCAGUGGCUAAUAAAUCUGCAGCAACACGAA